UUUAUACUAUAAGUCUAUGACUCAAUGUUCAGUCAUUUCACUUCAUUUCAAAGUUUAAGCUCUCAAAAUCGCUUAAUCUCAAAAUUCAAUUAACUUAAUUAAAAAAUGUGCACCUUAGAAAAGAAAGGCAACAUCUUCAUACUAACACUAACCGGAAACACCGAUCACCUUCUCAACCCCACGCUUCUCAACUCCAUCAAAUCCGCCCUCCACCGUGUCCGUCAAGAAGCCACCGUCUCCUCCGCCCUCAUAACAACCGCACACGGAAAAUUCUUCUGCAACGGCUAUGACAUCGACUGGGCACAAUCCAUCACCGACCGCAUUAUCCUCAUCGACGAUUUACUCCGUUCCGUCAUCUCCGAUCUCCUCACUCUCCCCAUGCCAACCAUCGCCGCCGUCACCGGUCACGCUUCCGCCGCUGGUUACAUCCUCGCGCUCGCUCACGACUACGUCUUGAUGAGAUCCGAUAGAGGAUUUCUCUACAUGAGUGAGCUCGACAUUGAUCAUGUUCUUCCGGCUUACUUUAUCGCCAUCGUCGAGGCUAAAGUUGGUGACGCGGCGGCUCGUCGGAGGAUCGUGUUGCAGGCGGAGAAGUUACCUGCUAAGGAGGCGGUGAGGUUGGGUAUUAUCGACUCGGCGCAUGAUAGCGCUGAGGAGACGGUUAAGGCGGCGGUUAGUUUGGGCGGGGAUUUGGUGAAGCGUGGAUGGAAUGGACACGUGUAUGCUGAUAAUAGGAAGAAGUUUUUGAGUGACGUGAUUCGGGCCGUUGAAGAUAAAAGUGAGAGAGCCAUCGAGUCCAAGCUUUAGUAUUUUGGGCUUUGUUUACUUCACACAAUAUUUGGGCUUUAAUAGUGUGUACACCAUAAUCAUGUAGUGAAAAAGUAAAAAUCAGGAAUAACUCGUUUUACGGGUGGGACUAGGAUUAGAGGUUUUAUUAUGACACAAAAAGUUCUCAAAACCGUUUAAAUAAAAUGGUGAAAUAUAUUAACUUA